CAGGUUACCUCGUGAGAACCAGAGCUUCAUGCCAUCCCGUUUCUUUGGCCGUCCGCGUUUUGUUUCCGUCACCUUCACCUGCGUCGGUGGGCGGAGCCUCCUCCUCCCCCACAGUCCACCGAUUGACCUGAUCGCGGUAGUGCACCGUGACGGACGCCGAAAGUUGAGGACGCCCGAAGCAAAGUGGACGCAAAAAGCAGCAACCGCUUCGGCGCCGACCGCGAAGAUGCACCGUCCUGGAGGAGGACCGGCGUUGUUCCUGCUGUCGGCUCUGUGGAUUUUCUGCGACGUCAACUGCGUGCGAGGAGCUUUGCCAACAAGCGCAAAAUGUGACAAUGCACUGGCCUCCCCAUUGCCGCACACGGCCUUUUCCAGCUCGUCUGUCUUCUCAAAUGGAUAUGCACCUGGUUAUGCAAAGCUCAACAGGCGAGGAGGUGCAGGUGGCUGGUCUCCACUCGAUAGCGAUCACUACCAGUGGCUGCAGGUGGACCUGGGCGCCCGAAAACAACUGAGCGCCAUUGCCACGCAGGGUCGCUACAGCAGCUCCGAUUGGACGACGCGCUACCGUCUGCUCUACAGUGACACGGGAAGGAACUGGAAACCUUAUCAGCAGGAUGGCAACAUUUGGGCCUUCUCUGGAAAUUCCAACUCGGAGAGCGCGGUUCGACACGAGCUGCAGCACGGAAUCGUGGCUCGCUUCCUGAGGCUGGUCCCCCUGGAGUGGAGCAAAGAGGGCAGGAUUGGUCUUCGCGUAGAAGUCUACGGCUGUUUGUACUGGGCGGACAUGAUCAACUUUGAUGGACAGGGUGUGAUCUCGUAUCGUUUCAAGGUGAAGAAGAUGAAGCUCAUCAAGGACGUGAUCGCACUCAGGUUCAAGACGUCGGAGAGCGAGGGGGUGAUUCUUCAUGGAGAGGGCCAGCAGGGGGACUACAUCACCUUAGAGCUGCGCAAGGCCAAGCUGCUGCUGCAGAUCAACCUGGGCAGCAACCAGUACGGCUCUAUUCUGGGUCAUACCUCGGUGACGACGGGCAGCCUCCUGGAUGACAACCACUGGCACUCGGUGGUGAUCGAGCGCUACCGGCGCAAUGUCAAUUUCACUCUGGACAGACACACUCAGCACUUCAGGACCAACGGGGAAUUCGACCACCUCGACUUGGACUAUGAGUUGAGCUUCGGGGGGAUGCCAUACAGCGGCAAACCAGUCGGAGUUGGGCGCAAGAACUUUAAAGGCUGCAUGGAGAGCAUCAACUACAACGGAGACAACAUUACUGACCUGGCCCGAAGGAAGAAGCUGGACACCUCGAGUUUUCGUAACCUGUCCUUUUCCUGUGUGGAGACGCACUCCUUCCCCGUCUUUUUUAAUGCCAGCAGCUUCCUCCAGCUGCCCGGUCGAGCCGCUCACAACCUCGUAUCGGUGGGUCUGCAGUUUCGUACGUGGAAUCCACACGGGCUACUGCUCUUUAGUAACCUUGACGAUGGAACGCUGGAAAUGUCACUGGAAAAUGGCAAGGUGGUCCUUCACAUCAAUGUGACCGGGGCCGCCAGGCAUUACAUGGUGGACUUGACGUCAGGCUCGGGCCUGGACGACGGCCAAUGGCACGCCGUGCGUUUGGUGGCCAAGGAGAAUUACGCCGCCUUGAUGAUAGAUGGCGACGAGGCUUCUGCCGGCCGUUCCACGUCGCCGCUCUCGAUCACCACGGGAGGAACGUAUCACCUGGGAGGGUAUUUUCUCCAGACGCUUUUCCCGCCGUCUCAACGCUUCUUCCAGGGUUGCAUGCAAGCCAUCGUAGUGGACGACCAACCGGCUGAUUUGCAUGCUGUGGAGAAAGGCACAGUUGGAGCUUUUGAGAACGUCAGCCUGGACAUGUGUGCCAUCAUCGAUAGAUGUAUGCCUAAUCAUUGCGAGCAUGGCGGUCGCUGUCAACAGACCUGGGACACAUUCAGCUGCACUUGCGAUGGAACAGGAUACAGCGGCGCCACCUGCCACACUUCUCUCUAUGAGCCGUCAUGUGAGGCCUACAAGCAUUUAGGCCGGUCCUCGGACACUUACUGGAUCGACCCCGAUGGCAGCGGACCUUUGGGCCCCCUCAAAGUUCAUUGCAACAUGACAGAGGACAGAGUGUGGACUGUCGUCACGAACAACCUUCCGCCCAAAACGACAGUGACCGGUUCCAGUCGAGAAAGGCGCACCAUCCUCCAAGUCAACUACAGUGCCUCCAUGGACCAGGUGACAGCAAUCACCAGCAGCGCAGAACACUGUGAGCAACAAAUCACAUACAGCUGCCGGAGGUCCAGACUGCUGAACACACCAGGCGGGACCCCCUACACAUGGUGGGUGGGCCGCGGCAGUGAAAAGCAUUUCUACUGGGGGGGCUCGGGUCCCGGCAUCCAGAAAUGUGCCUGCGGCAUGGACCGAAACUGCACCGACCCCAAGUAUGACUGCAAUUGCGAUGCCGACCACUCCGAAUGGAGAGAAGAUUCUGGUCUUUUGGCAUAUAAGGAACACCUGCCGGUCAGCCAGGUUGCGGUGGGCGACACCAACCGAGCUGGCUCCGAGGCCAAGCUCACCGUGGGGCCCUUGCGCUGCCAGGGAGAUGAUAACUACUGGAACGCCGCUUCCUUCACCACCCCAUCGUCCUACCUUCACUUUGCCACCUUCCAGGGGGAGACCAGUGCUGACAUCUCAUUCUAUUUCAAGACCAGUGCGCCGUACGGGGUCUUCCUGGAAAAUCUUGGAAACACAGAUUUCAUCCGUUUGGAGUUGAAAUCUCCACACGUUGUCUCGUUUUCCUUCGAUGUGGGAAACGGCCCGGUGGAGUUAGCGGUGCAUUCCGACGCUCCCCUCAACGACGACCAGUGGCACCGCGUGACGGCCGAGCUCAACAUCAAGGAGGCCCUUCUCCAGCUGGACCAAACUCAUCGCGUCUCGCGGCCGGCGCCGGCGCAAGGGCACACGCGUUUGGAACUCUUCAGCCAGCUCUACGUGGGUGCCGCGGGGGGCCAGAGGGGCUUCCUGGGCUGCAUUCGAGCUCUACGGAUGAACGGCGUCACCCUUGACCUGGACGAGAGGGCCAAGGUGACGCCCGGGGUCAAGCCCGGUUGCCGAGGCCAUUGUAGCAGUUACGGCGCGUAUUGCCGCAACGGGGGGAAGUGUGUGGAGAAGUACAACGGCUACUUGUGCGACUGCACCGCCACCGCCUACGAUGGCCCCUUCUGCACUCGAGACGUCGGAGGCUUCUUUGAGAUGGGGACGAUGGUCAGGUACGACUUGCUCCCGGAAGCUGCGGCGGGAGCCCCGACGGACUCCGAGGUCCUCGCGAGUCACCUGAUGUCGCAGGAAGUCAACUUGACCAAAGAGGAAGUGACCUUCAGCUUCAGCGCGUCAAGUGCCCCCGCCAUUUUGAUGUAUGUCAGCUCCAGGACGGAGGACUACAUGGCGGUGGUGUUGAGGCACAACGGUUCUCUGCAGGUGCGCUAUCAACUUGGAGGGCUGAAGGAGCCAUUUGCCAUCGAUGUCGACCAGCGGAACCUGGCCAACGGACAGCCACAUAGCAUCAAUUUGUCUCGCGUUGACAGAAGGCUCACCGUCCAGCUGGACCAUUACCCCGCGGUCAGCUACUCCCUUCCGGAUGCCUCGGACACCAAGUUCAAUCUGGUCAAGACCCUCUUCUUGGGCAAAGUUUAUGAAACGGGAUAUGUUGACCCGGUCGUGAUCCAGCGUUACAACGCCCCGGGCUUCGUGGGCUGCUUAUCGCGGGUGCAGUUCAACGGCGUCGCGCCGCUCAAGUCCGCAUUGAGGAGCGGGCCGCAGACGGCGCCCGCCCGGCCCGCGUCUUACCGGGGGAAACUGGUGGAGUCCAACUGCGGGGCGUCACCUCUCACCGUCCCACCAAUGUCGGCCGCAACUGACCCGUGGCGUCUGGACAACACAGACACAGAAUUUCCUUUUAAUGAGGAACGAGUGAUUCCCGAUGGAGUCAAUCGAGACUCGGCGAUCGUUGGAGGGAUCAUCGCGGUGGUCAUCUUCACCAUCUUAUGCACUCUGCUGUUCCUGAUCCGCUACAUGUUCCGCCACAAAGGCACCUACCACACCAACGAGGCCAAAAGUGGCGCCGAGCCCCCCGGAGAGUCUCCAGAAACGGCCAUUAUCGGCACGGAAAACCCGGAAACCAUUGAGGAAUCAAAGAAGGAGUGGUUCAUCUAACCAGCAUUGACGGCGCUCCCGGAGACGACGUGAGCCGUCUCGCCGUAAAGUCGCCAGCAUGAUGGAGACGCUUCAGUGCAAUGACCAGUCAUGGGAAGGAGAAAGAAAAGUCGUUGCGGUCGGACAAUAACCUCCCAAAGAGAGAGAGAGAGAAAGAGAGAUGUGUACAUUUUGUUUUUUGUUUUUUUCUUACAAACUGUAUAUGUAUAUCGAGAGUGUCGGAACUGACGGACUCAGGCAAGUGUUGCUCCACGAGGCUGUCCGUGUAAAUCCUAACUGGCUUGUCCUUUGUCUCGUGCUCGGGAGUUUUAUGGAGUCCUUUGAAUACUGUAUAUGACUAAUAGUUAUAUUUACGGGCUUGUGUGAUGGGACAAAAUCGCCGUUAGUUUUGAGAAAAAAAAAAAAAAAGAGAUCUAAUCAUCACGCCAAACGAUUAGCAUUUGGUUUUUGCAGACUGUCGUUUGUGCCAGCCUGCCUUUGUUUAAUAUACUGGGAUUUAUUUUUGUUCAAAGAUUUAUUGAGAGAGUCCGUGACAUCCAUACGAAUCUAUCGAGGAGUGUCCGAGCUGCACCGGAAAAAAAAAAAAAAGUUGCACUCUUAUGUGAAAAAAAAAAAUCCAAUAAAAAUCCAGUGAACCGGAUGAGUGAUUGUCAAAAUUUUCCCACUAGUCCUUCAAGUCAUCAGCCGCCGUGUUGCUCAAGGGCUGCGUGAUAACCGUAAAUGAAUCGAAAACACUUCUGGCUGCAAAAGUGCCAAAUUCAUUGGAAGUGAUUCUCAGGAACAAGACACGUGAAACACGUCAUCUCCAUGUGGCAAAACAAACACCCAGAACAAACGAUGUUGCGUCCCAAUCGGCUGACUUUUUAUUUUAUUUUAUUUGAUUUUAUUUUUUUCACAUGAGAUUGCAGCUUACUCGCUGGAUUGGAAAGGAGAUAUGUUUAUUUUGUGAGACUGCCAGAAUACUCCUUCGUCCUCGUCCUUUUGCCAAUGACGUCAUGUAUGUAUCAAAGUGAGCUUGAUGUCAACUCCGACAUUUGGUUGUUCGGGGGCCGCGCCGGUGUUUUCUCCAAGCAUGAUGAGAAUUUUUUUUAUCGCAGCUGGUUGCGUUGGUUUUUCGCUCGUGGUCGCAGCUUUCUUUGAAUCCUAUGGUUUUUUUUCUCUUUGCCAAACGGUCCCCACGAUUGUCUUUGCCGAGGACAAUUUCACACACCGACGCCCGGCUGUUGAUAAAAGAGGUCCGGCCAUAAUCGGAGAACCAAAAAACUCAACCCGGUUUGUUUCUCCUGCAUUGAAAUUACAAUUUCGACGAGCUGCCAAACGUGUUUGCUUCGUAUUUGUUACUUGCGAACGUGCGCGUGCCAUGACGACGUUUUUGCGAAAGCCCUCUCACAGCUGGAUCUGGCCAUCCGCCUUUUACUUUGGCCUCAAAUGCGACUUGAAUGGCCGAAGGCAAACGAGGAGCGACUUCCUUUUCUCGAAUCGCGAGCGUCCCCGCCAGAUAGAACGGAAUCACACAUUUGCCCUCCCAAAGGGGGUCCAAACAUGAGAAUGAGGAGUAGCGUAGCCAUAACCCGAAUGCUUUUUUUUUGUUUUUUUUUAUCCGCUCUGUUCAGUUCAAUAAAGAGUGUUUGAUCUUUGACAA